AUGGGCAAGCCCACCGAAGCUGGGGCUGAAGCUACCCUCGAGAGCAGCAUUCCGCCGCCUCCUUACGCACCGAGCGAUGCCGCCACAGCUUCAUCGAGUUCCGCAGCCCAACUUGGCUUCUCUCCAGCCUCAGAGAGUGCCAACGUCUCUACUAGCUCGUCUCUUUCUCUGCACCACCCGAUCCCCCAUUCUCUGAGCGCAUACAUGCAGCUGAAGCUUACUCGCACCAUUCAUGUCGGCGACAGUACGAACCACAAGCUGUACGCCCUGUCGUCCCAUUUCAUCGCUGCCGGCGGCACGUACGACGGAAAACCGUGCCUAGUUCUCCACAAUGGUCCCGACGACAAGGAUGCCGCUUUGGCAACCAUCAGCGAAGAGCCGAGCUGGACGCUCGCUUCGACGGCCAGCAUCAUCACACUACCACCGCUGAACUCCCCAGCUGGUGCAGCCGCCACGCCGCAAGGGAUAUCAAACGGUGUGACGGAGAUAAUGCGCCCGGGCAUCUUCGACAACGAGGUCACCUUCGGCUUCCGGUUCUCUGUUGAGGUGGAACACGGUGGCUUGCUCCGUCGCGAGGACUUUGAAUGGCAGAAAGCGGACAAGGAUCAAAUGGCGGACGCCAAGGCCGUCUACAAGCUUGUGCGACUCAAGUCGCGGACAAACCAGGUGGGCGAAGCCGAGAGCAGUCGGGACACGCCUGAUGUCGUUGCCAUUGCUGGGUUCAAGGGCUCCUUGUCAUGGAAGAAGCCCUUCAGGUUCGAGUUUCUGGGAGACGGCGCGACUGGUGGCUUGGGAGACCGGUGGUCUGUCAUGGCGCUCGUUACGGCGAUACGACUAUGGCUCCUUCACCUUCAAGGCAGAAUACGUUGA